UCAAAGAACGUGAAGAGGUACGAAAUGGCUCGCAGUUCACUUUCGCAUUUAUUGUUACAAGUCUAACCCCCAUUAACACUAUCAAUAUUAGCAGAAUGCUUUUUCUUUUGUUUCUCCUUCCCUCUUCACUCUUUUGGCAAAUGAAAGGCAUCAGUAAUAGCUCUACAUAACAUAACAUACCAGGCAAUACAGUGUUAAAGUGCUGCUUGAGUUGUUGAAGAGUUAGUGGGCAGGCAUUACAAUUCACUGUAGCUGUAAUAGAGGGUAAUGUCACUUUAAGACAUGUGAUACUUUACAGAGGAGGGAUGUAUCGAAACAGACUACCAGACUACUGCUACUUACAGCACCGUAUAGCAGCCCUGCUCCUGCAUUUUGCUGCCUUACUCUGCCCUGAAUGCACAGGACCGGGGAUGGUCCGUCAUUAACUGUAAACUGACUCUCAUCAGGAAACUGCACAUUAUUCCACCAUCCCUUCAAAGGUCUCAUCAGGCAGAGGUGACGCCAGGAGAUGAUUUAAAGGUGAAAAUGACAAGGUUUCCACCCCUCAAACCCUGGCUCCUUUUCUGACAAUACAGUCUGAAUGCACCCGAUGUCUUCUUUACUGUGGAAAUAGCAUCGGAAGAAAAAACAUAUUUUUUAAUCCUGAUAAAGAAGAUUAUUGGGACGCUCUUUUUUUUUUUUUAAAAAAAAUCUCCAAUUGUGCACAGAUGGAUUUUAGAAAGUGUUAGAGCUUUCCAAUGAACACUAAUAGAGUACUCUGCUCUUGGCUGGAUUUUUCAGAGAAUGGCAAUGGUCUCUGCAAUGUCCUGGGUCCUGUAUUUGUGGAUAAGUGCUUGUGCAGUGCUCCUGUGCCAUGGAACCCUUCAGCACACCUUCCAGCAGCACCACCUGCACAGACCAGAAGGAGGGACAUGUGAAGUGAUAGCUGCACACAGAUGUUGUAAUAAGAAUCGAAUCGAGGAGCGGUCACAAACAGUAAAGUGUUCCUGUCUGCCUGGAAAAGUGGCUGGAACGACAAGAAACAGACCUUCCUGCGUCGAUGCCUCCAUAGUGAUUGGGAAAUGGUGGUGUGAGAUGGAGCCUUGUCUAGAAGGAGAAGAAUGUAAAACGCUACCUGAUAAUUCCGGUUGGAUGUGCGCUACAGGCAAUAAAAUUAAGACCACAAGAAUUCACCCAAGAACCUAAUGGAAGCAUUUGUUAUAGUAGCAAAGGAAAACCACCUCUGCAGAAAACACAUUUUAAGAAUUUAAAACAUCUUACACAUUACAAGCCAAAUGGAUUUCUUAUUUGCACUUUGACUGGUUACCAGAAAAUCACAGUGCUUUUACUGUGUGUCAUGAAGUAUCCUAUAGUGAGAAGACCCUGCAUUUUUGGCAACACCAUGGAAAGUGGGUUUAAAAAAAGGGUUUUCUCCGUGAAAAUUUUUGGGAUUACGAAGAACGAUCAACUAUCUUCUAAUUUGGAUCUAUAGUUACUUUGUACCAUUUUAAAUAUAUGUAUAUAUAUAAUAUUUUGAAAUAUUAUAUAUUCUCUUCAAGAAAUGAACAAUACCACAGUUUGAGGCGGCUGGUGUACCUCUUUGAGUUUGGAUGUCUUGUUUUGUUUUGUUGCAUUUCUUUUUCUCUUGGUGAGGAAGACAUGUGCCCUUCUGAAAUUUCAACAUGGCACUCACGCUGGAAGGCCAGCUACAGGUGGACUCCUGGAAUCUGAGGCAUCGUAACAAUACUGAAUCGAGAGCUUCCUUCUGUUUCUACCAGAUGGCCCAAGGAAGCACAUCGUCCUGUUUUAUUGCUUUCUACCCUGUGCAAUAUUAGCAUGCAAGCUUGGCUUACAUAACCAUACUUUAUAUUCAAUUGAUAUAUAAUAACCAUCCUAACCUCUUCCAGGAAAGUAUUUUUAGAACUACUAGCUUUUCCACAGAUAAGAAAAAUAAGAAUUCUUGAGGGAGCUGCUCCACCGUGCUAUUAAGACUCUGGCAAAAUUAUGGUAGAAUACGGAUCCCUGUAUUAAUAAGUUCUGUAAAUACAAUGUCUUAAGGCUUUGUAUAGCUGUCCUAGACUGCAGAAAUGUCCUCCAAUGAAAUCCAAAGUCUGGCAUCAUUAAGUACAUAGUGCUGUAGCAACAAGUCUUAUCAUGGUACCUCUUUCUAUGUUUGAUUUGCUUUUUUCAUGAGUAUUCAAAUCUCUUCUGGUGAGAUAGGAAGACCAUUAAAGCAAUUAGGUUUCAAAAUGAUCUAUGUGACCAAAUGCUGGACAGCCCUAUUAAAGUGGUAAAUAACUUCUUUCUAAA